AUGAACGUGGAAUCUGGGGACGAAAAUCAAUCCCUUGACGCCACCAUCAGGGACGCAACCGGAAAGAAAGUUUGGACUCGUGGAGACCUCUCUGCACCAGGGGAGGAGUUUGUGCCGAUUGUCGCGGCAGCGAAGUUUCCAUACAAGUUUGCCCCCAAAGAGCACUCGGAGAAGAUUGCGGAUCGCUUCUUUAAUGCAGGGAAAUUCCAUGAGAGGCCUUGGGAAGUGUUUUAUCUGUGGCAUCCCCACACGUACAACGCUCUCUUGCUGAUUCCUGCAACGCAAUUCAUCGCUUUACUGAAGGAAAUUCAGAAAGCUUUUCCUGAGAUCAAAAUCGGUGCGGUUGCGUACUGGCGUGAGAUCGGCCUCUUCUACGAAUUUCCUGCAAACCACAACUGUCUCCCACGGUACCUUGGCAAGUGUAAAUCGAAAGACCACCUCAAUAUCAUGGAAUCCGGUGCACCUCCUCCUACCUACCGUGGCCCGGGGGAGAAGAAACUCCCCGACCCUGGCAAGGGUACCUUUGAAGAGUUCAAGCGGAUGUAUGACGACGCGGUGGAAAUGGGGAAGAAUAAGAGCAAGGCGCAGAAGGCUAGGAAGCGAGCAGAACGUGUUCAGCAGCAGAGCCUUUGGGGCAGUCAGCUGAAACGAGCCCAAUGUUAUUUGGGGCUUCUUCCCAGGAACCAGCCGCAAGACAUACUGCAUCCUUCUUACCUACAACAGGUGGAUAGCACGCCGGGACCUAUCGAUCCCGAUAAGCCUGCUCCUUACCGUUUCGAUCAACGAAUCAUCAUCGUCUGUGUGGAUAUCGAAUCCUACGAGCGAGAUCACAGUAAGAUCACCGAAAUAGGUAUCGCCACGCUAGAUACCUAUGAUCUGGUUCUCCCUGGCAAUGCGGUUCCUGGCCCCGAAGGCCAAAACUGGCGCAACCACAUUCGAGCUCGACAUUUUCUGAUCAAGGAUCAUAAGCAUCUUGUCAACCAUGAGUUCGUCGGUGGCUGCCCUGACAAGUUCCGUUUCGGUGAGACCGAAGUCAUCUCCCUCGCCGACGCACCCAAAGCCAUCGCGUCGUGCUUCAAGGAACCGUACUCCGCUGGAAUCAACAUCGGGGUUGAUAAGAUCUUGCGAAAUCAGGCAAAUGAAGCGCCUGCAUCCACACCCGUGUCCCAGCCAACCCUCCCUGAGGGUAGCCCGAAUACCAAAGUCGUUAUCCUAGGACACGAUAUCAAGAACGACCUCGAAUACCUCCAGCGUAUCGGCUAUAACCCGCUCAAUCUCGGCAACCGGAUCCUCGAGAUCAUGGACACCAUCCCGCUCUGGAAGGCCCACACCCGCGACCCCCGCGGCCAAGGCCUCGCUAGCUGCCUUGUGGAAGUCCAGAUCGCCGCCUGGCAUCUCCAUAACGCUGGCAACGACGCCGUCUACACCCUGCAGCUCUUCCUCGGCGUGGCCGUCCGCGAAGCCGCCGGCCGGAAAUCCAACCCGGCCCUCGACAAAUGGCGGCGCGAACGAUCGGCGGCGCGGCUCGAGUCGCAGAUGUCAGAGCUGGUGGAGCGGGCGAAGGAGGAGGCGGAAGGGUGGAAUGACGGGGCGGGGACGAAGGAUGGCGGG